AUGCAGCAUGUAUCAUCAGGUUGGAAUAAUGGUCAAUAUCCUUCAAAUCAAAUGAUGGCAUCAUCUAUGAUGAUGAUACCACCACUUCUUCCACCACCAUCGACUGGAUUACAUAAUAAUUCAAUGAAGGGUGAUGAAGAUUAUGGUAGUUCAACUACACAAGAAAGAAAAACUUUAUGGACAGAACAUAAAGCACCUGAUGGUCGAACAUAUUAUUAUAAUUCCAUAUCAAAAGAAUCUCGAUGGGACAAACCUGAUGAACUUAAAUCAUCUACUGAAAUUAUAUUAUCUCAAUGUCCAUGGCGUGAAUAUAAAUCUGAUAAUGGACGUAUAUAUUUUCAUAAUAUUGAUACAAAAGAAUCUCGAUGGACAAAACCAAAAGAAUUCGAAGAUAUUGAAAAAAUGAUUGCACAACAAAAAACAAAUACAAAUGAUUCACCGAAUAUUAAUGGUUCAUCUACAACAUCAGUUCCACCUGGUCUACCACCUCCUAUGAUGCCACCAUUUAAUUUCAUGCCACCACCUAUGGGUAUGCCAUAUGGUAGUUUUCCAUCAGCAUCAAUGAUGAAUAAUGCUGCAAUGCAAUCAAUGACUGAUUCUCCAUCAUUGAAUGAUAUCGAUAUACCAUCGAAUGAUAAUAGUCAAGAUGGUAGUGACGAUACGAAUAGUGAUAAUAAUAGUCCGUCAACUACGAAAGAUGAAUUUCCUGUUAAAAUUGAGUAUGCAACAAAAAAAGAAGCGAUGGAUGCAUUUAAAGAAUUACUUCGUGAAAAAAAUGUACCAUCCAAUUCUACAUGGGAACAAGCAUUGAAAUUAUUUAGUGGUGAUGUACGUUAUGCAGCUAUCAAACAUAUUAAUGAAAAAAAACAAACAUUUAAUGCAUAUAAAGUUUCACGUAUAAAAGAAGAAAAAGAUGCUGAACGUUUAAAAUUAAAACAGAUUAAAGAUGAUUUUGAAUUAUAUUUACAAAAUUGUGAACAUAUGAAUUCAACAAUUAAAUAUAAAAAAGCAGAACAAUUAUUUGGACAUUUACUAGUAUGGACGGCUGUACCAGAACGUGAUAGACGAGAAUUAUAUGAAGAUGUUGUUAAUUAUUUAGAGAAAAAAGAAAAAGAUGACGCUAAAAAUUUAAAAAAACGUAAUGUUAAAGCAUUAAAAGAUAUACUUAUAAAUAUGUCAAAAGUAAUAUAUAAAACAACAUGGCAAGAAGCACAAAGACUUUUACUUGAUAAUAUAGAAUUUGUGAAUGAUAUUGAAUUACAAAAUAUGGAUAAAGAAGAUGCAUUAAUUGUAUUUGAAGAUCAUAUACGACAAUUAGAAAAAACUCAUGAAGAUGAUAUUGAAAUACAAAAAAAACAUAUUCGACGUACACAUCGAAAAAAUCGAGAAACUUUCCUAUAUUUUCUGGAUGAGUUACACGAUCAAGGAAAACUUCAUUCAAUGUCAUUAUGGACUGACUUAUUCAAUGCUAUAUCAAAUGAUGAACGAUUUAGUAAAAUGCUGGGACAACCAGGCUCAACUCCAUUAGAUUUAUUUAAAUUCUAUGUCGAAGAUUUAAAAGCACGUUUUCAUGAUGAAAAAAAGACUAUUAAAGAAAUUUUAAAAGAUAAAUCAUUUACUAUUGAUGUUAAUUCAACAAUUGAAGAAUUUGUUGAAAUUAUAUCAACAGAUAAACGUACAGUAUCUCUUGAUGCUGGAAAUAUAAAAUUAACAUUUAAUAGUUUAAUGGAAAAAGCUCAAUCGAAAGAAAAAGAACGUUUAAAAGAUGAAGUACGAAAACAAAAACGUCUUGAAUCAAAUUUUAAACAAUUAUUAAAAACAAAAAUUAGUUCAUUAAAUGAACAAUCGAAAUGGGAAGAUAUUAAAAUACAAAUUGAAAAUGAUAAUGAUUAUCAAGCUCUUCCAUCUGAAUUUGAUCGUAUUCAUUUAUUUGGUGAAUAUCAUCGACAAUUUAUUGCUGAUACUCAAGCAAUAUCCACUAGUCAUUCGCAUAAACGAGCACGUAAAGAAAAGAAAAAACGAAAACAUGAAAAAACAAAUUCACUAGAAUCUGAAGAACAAAAACCAUCUGAACCAGUACCUACGGAUUCAAAUAAUCAGUUAACUGUACCUGAAAGUGAUGAAGGUGAAACAAAAGAUAGUGAUGGUGAUAUACCAACUCCAACAUCAGAAGAUAAUCAAAUAAAAAAAAAUAAAAAAUCCAAGAAAAAACAUAAGAAGAAAACAACUACUGAUCAAUCAUCAGUUCUUGGUAAUGAUUGGACAAUAACUGAUAAUAUCAAUCAUACUGCACAAGGUCGUGUACCUGGUACUGUUCAUACAAUUCUUUUGGCUGAUGGUCAAAUUCCUGAGCCAUAUGCAGAUUAUAAUGAUGUGACUUUUCGUUAUCUAGUUCAUACAAAAUGGGUAUUUACAAAGAAAUUUAAUUUAACAUCCGAUUUUCUUGCUUAUAAUCAUACUAUAAUUCAUUUGGAACAAAUUGAUACAGUUUCGAAUAUAACAAUUAAUGGAUGUCCAGUUGGUAGAACUCAUAGUAUGUUUAUACCACAUACAUUCAAUAUUGAAAAUUCAUGUUUAAAACUUGAAAAUACAAUUCAAAUUGAUUUUGAUUCUCCAGUUCUUUAUGCAUUACAAGAAUCUAUUGCAUAUAAUGUUACAGUACCACCUACUUGUACACCUGAUGCUCAAAAUGGUGAAUGUCAUGUACAAUUUAUUCGAAAAGAACCAUGUUCAUUCAGUUGGGAUUGGGGUCCAUCAUUUGCUCCAAUUGGUAUAACACGUGAUAUUUAUCUUGAAGCUACCAAUGCUAGUGAUAUAACAAUCCAACUUGAAAGUGUCAAUGUUGCUUCCUAUGAUGCAACACAAAAAACUUGGCGUGUUGAUGUGAUGUUAUCGAGUAACAAUGAUCCAUUUUCUAGUACAUUAAAAUUUGUAUUAGAAAAUACAACAUGGUCAUAUGAAGCUGUUGUACCAUUCACGAAAAACGUAUCACUUUCUAUAAAUAUACCUGAUAAUCAAGUUGCACGUUGGUGGCCAAAUGGAUAUGGUGAUCAACGAUUAUAUACGUUAUCUAUUUCAAAUAAAGGAACACCUAUUGGUUCACGUGUAAUUGGUUUUCGUACAGUUGAACUCGUUCAAGAGAAUUAUGGAGCAGGAAUAAAUGGAACAUCAUUUUAUUUUUCGAUUAAUUCUAAACCUAUCUAUAUUAAAGGAAGUAAUUGGAUACCAUCAGAUUCAUUUCAAGAACGUGUUAGUGAUGAAAAAUUAGAACGUUUACUUCGUUCAGGUCAAGUAGCUCAUAUGAAUAUGUUACGUAUAUGGGGUGGUGGAAUCUAUGAACGUGAUUCAUUUUAUGAAAUGACUGAUCGUUUAGGUAUUAUGCUUUGGCAUGAUUUUAUGUUUGCAUGUGCUCUUUAUCCAGUUGAUGAACCAUUUUUAAACAGAGUUCAUGAGGAAGUAAUUCAUCAAGUUAAACGACUUCAAUCACAUGCAUCGAUUGUUAUUUGGGCAGGAAAUAAUGAAAAUGAAGCUGCUGUUGCUCAAAAUUGGUAUGGUGUAGCACCAGCAGAUAUGAAUAGAACAAAAGAUGAAUAUCGGAAAUUAUAUGUUGAUACAGUUAUGGUUGCAGUAAAAGAAAUGGAUAAAGGUACUAAUCGACCAUUUGUUACAUCAUCACCAUCAAAUGGUCUUGAAUCAAUUACUGAAAAUUAUAUUGCUACAGAUCCUCAAAGUUCACUCUAUGGUGAUGUUCAUUUCUAUGGUUGGAAAGAUGAUUCAUGGGAUACAACAACAUAUCCAAUAAGUCGUUUUCUUUCGGAAUCAGGUAUUCAAUCAAUGCCAAGUUUAGAUACAUGGUUUGAAGUAACAAAAAAUAUAUCCGAUUUAAGUUUCAAUAGCUCAUUUGUGUUACACCGAGAACACUCUUCUGGUCAAACAAUUGCAAUGAAGGUUCAUAUUGAACAGAAUUUACCAUUACCAAAAACAAAUGAUUCAUUAAACAAUUUUGGUCAAUUUAUUUAUCUAAGUCAAAUAAAUCAAGCAAUGACAAUGAAAAGUAUCAGUGAUUUUUGUCGAGUUCAUUCAUCAAAAGAUAUGAUUAAUAACAAAACAAGUGAAGGUAAUACAAUGGGUUUAAUGUAUUGGCAAAUAAAUGACAUAUGGCAAGCGCCUACAUGGUCAACAAUUGAAUAUGGAUUGAAAUGGAAAAUGAGUCAUUAUUAUAUACAGCAUGCAUAUGCACCUGUCUAUCCUAUUGCUACUCUUACACCUUAUUUAGCUAAUGCAACAGAUGAAAAUGCUCAAAUUUCACUUUAUAUUAUAAAUGAAUUGAGUAAUAAAAUACGUGGUACUUUAAUAUGUGAAGUUCGUUCAUUAGAUACAUUUACACCUCGUAUAUCCUAUGGAAGUGAUGUUUCAAUGGAUUCACCUGGUACACAACACGUUGAUAAUCUUCCUUAUGCAUUACUUAUGAAACGUGCAAAUUGUAUGGAUAGUUCAAAAUGUCUUAUGCAUUGUGGAUUUAAUUAUAAUCAAGAACACAUUGGACAAACAUUAUUUUUUAGUCAACCAAAAAAUUAUGAAUUAUCAAAUCCUAAUCUUAAAAUUGAAAGUUUUAAACAAAUAUCACCAACAGAUUUUAAUAUAACAAUUACAGUUGAACGGCCAGCUUUAUUUGUCUGGCUUGAUGUAUCCGCAAAUAUAACUGGUUAUUUCUCACGAAAUGGUUUUCAUAUGUUUGAACCAACAACAACUGUUGGUUUUCAUUCAUGGACACCACUUACAGAUUUUAAUCAAGCUAAUUUUGAUUUACGUCAUAUGUCAUUAUUUGAUGUUACAUUACCAUAA